AUGGAGGACGAGGAGCUGGAGCGGGACGAGAACAACCUUCAGGAGAAGGGAGAGGAGGAGGCGCUGAGGGAACAGGAGGAGGAAGCCCCGGUGAGGAAGCGGGUCCCAGUACGCUCUGGCCGUGGUGAGGCCAGCACUGGCAUUGUGUGCGCUUCUCUUUUUCUCUCCCAGGUGCUGGCCGCGUUUCCCCUGACAGAGGAGGUCCUGAAGGAAGGCCUCUCCCUCCUCUGUAAGACCAGCAACGGCCUGGCUCACGCCUUUGUGAAAUUUGAAGCCAGAGAGAAGGACUUGACAGACAUCAGCCUCCUCGAAUGCUUCAUACACCUGCGGUAUGUGGAUUUGUCAGAGAACAAGCUGCAGGAUUUGUCUCCACUGAGCAGCCUAACCAAUCUGCUUUGGCUGAAGGUGGAUGGGAAUCUGCUCACCAGUCCCUGUCUGAAGGAGCUGCCCUACCUCCAGUUCAUCAGCUUUGGUCAGAACCGCAUCAAGGAUGUGGAGGGCAUCACUCACCCCCGCCUACUCAACCUCAGCCUGAAAGGAAAUAGAAUCCAGUCCGCACUGGGCUUGAGUCAUGGCCAGUUGUUCAACCUGCAAACCCUGGAGCUGCGAGGAAACGUCCUAGAGAGCACAGCAGGGCUCAAUCUUCCCAAGCUGAAGAACCUCUAUUUGGCCCAGAAUGCCAUUAAGAGCCUUGAAGGCCUUGAGGGACUAGAGCAGCUUGCAACUCUGCACCUGCGUGACAACAGUCUGGAGAGCCUGGAUGGAUUCUGCAGCAGCAUGAAGUGCCUGCAGUACCUCAAUCUACGGAAUAACAGGAUCAGUAGCCUUCAGGAGGUGGCAAAACUGCAGGUCCUGCCCAUGCUGCAGGCACUGGUGCUGAUGGACAAUCCGUGCUCUACAGAGCCCCGUUACCGGCUGGAGGUUCUGGCCGUGCUGCCAUAUCUGCAGCGCCUCGACAAGGAGGUAUUUGAGCAAGAGGAGCAAGAAGAGGCAAACAGGAUCCGUCAGGAAAGGCAGGAGAAAGAAAAGGAGAUGGAAGGGUCCCUCCAGUGA